AUGGGAACGCCCUACAUUGGGAGCAAGAUCAAUUUGAUCUCGAAGUUUGACAUCCGAUAUGAAGGAAUUCUUUACACGGUCGACACUGCGGACUCUACCAUUGCUCUAUCAAAAGUCCGAUCAUUUGGAACCGAAGACCGUCAAACUGAGAAUCCUGUAGCUGCUCGUGACAACGUCUACGAGUGCAUUAUCUUCAAGGCAUCGGAUAUCAAGGACUUGAUUGUUUGUGAAACUCCCGCACCCCCAACUGCCCAUGGACUUGACUUUGAUCCCGCUAUCGUUUCCGUGAAAUCGACGGUGCCACCCCUACACGGCGAAGGCGAUCCAGCCGCCGGUUCAUCUCGUUCGUCUCCUCGUGCUUCGCCUGCUCAAGGUCAACAGCGUACCCCUACUCGUUCUUUCAAUCGUGGGGCACACCGAGGUUAUGCGAUGCGCCAACCCAAUGCUGGCAUGUACCACCCGCGUGGCCACUACAACAACCGCGGGGGUUAUCAGCAUCAACGCACCGGUAACCCGCCUGCCCCCACGGAGAAGGUCAAAUUUGACGGGGACUACGACUUUGAGAAGGCCAACACCGAGUUCACCUCUUCAAUUGACGAUAAGCUGCAGGCCUUGACAAUUGGCAAGGAAAAAGAUGAAGAUGCGGCCGUCGUUGAGCUUCCGGAUGAACAGCCGGCGUUCUACGAUAAGAAGUCUUCCUUCUUCGACAGCAUCUCUUGCGAGGCGCUUGAGAAGCAAGAAGGCCGAAGGACUCGCCCGGACUGGAAGAAGGAACGCGAGACGAACCAAGAGACUUUCGGGCAAACUGCUGUUCGCUCGUUCAACUACCGCCGCGGUUAUGGACGCGGUAUGCGUGGCUCACGAUAUCCCGCGCACCGCAUCCGCUUUGGUCAG